CAAAACACGAGACCGGUCUUGUGUUAUCGCUUAUCGCUAAUGAACCGGGUAUAAAAGGCCCUGCGAAAAGACUAGCAUUCACAUUCACUGUCUUUCCUCCGUCGUAGCAAGACCCACCCCGGGCAGACUUGCGCGACUAGGAAAGGCAUCUGGAGUCUAUAUUUUUUUUUAAAUUUUUGUGAUUUAUACCUAAGGUUAAAAAACCCAAUACAAGGUUAUCCAUAAGUUUUCCUUCAAGUAACUGUUAAAAAAAAAUUCCUGCGUCAAUAUAGAAAAAAUUUAAUACGUUUAUAAAUUUAUUGAUUGUAUUGUACAUAGUACAUUGUUUAAUAUUUUAACUUUUAAUUUUUUGUUUGAAGGGGAUUUUUCCAUAUAGUGUGAGGGGAAUGCACGGGGAAGGUUCUAAACUUCUAAAUUCUUCUUUUCUUUUUAUUAUCAUUCUUCUUAUUAUUAUUAUUGUAAAUACUACUAUUUUUAUUAUUAUUUUAAUUAUCUUAUUCCCAAUUUUAUUGCCUAUUAUUAUUUAUAUAGCUAUUAUACUAUUUUUAUUAUUAUUAUAAUAACUUUUAUUUAAAUUGUGCGAUUAUCGGCUAUUGCACUAUUGGGGUUUCGACGGUUUCUCGUUAUCUUUUACAAAACACAAGACCGGUCCUGUGUUAUCGCUUAUCGCUAAUGAACCGGGUAUAAAAGGCCCUGCGAAAAGACUAGCAUUCACAUUCACUGUCUUUCCUCCGUCGUAGCAAGACCCACCCCGGGCAGACUUGCGCGACUAGGAAAGGCAUCUGGAGUCUAUAUUUUUUUUUAAAUUUUUGUGAUUUAUACCUAAGGUUAAAAAACCCAAUACAAGGUUAUCCAUAAGUUUUCCUUCAAGUAACUGUUAAAAAAAAAUUCCUGCGUCAAUAUAGAAAAAAUUUAAUACGUUUAUAAAUUUAUUGAUUGUAUUGUACAUAGUACAUUGUUUAAUAUUUUAACUUUUAAUUUUUUGUUUGAAGGGGAUUUUUCCAUAUAGUGUGAGGGGAAUGCACGGGGAAGGUUCUAAACUUCUAAAUUCUUCUUUUCUUUUUAUUAUCAUUCUUCUUAUUAUUAUUAUUGUAAAUACUACUAUUUUUAUUAUUAUUUUAAUUAUCUUAUUCCCAAUUUUAUUGCCUAUUAUUAUUUAUAUAGCUAUUAUACUAUUUUUAUUAUUAUUAUAAUAACUUUUAUUUAAAUUGUGCGAUUAUCGGCUAUUGCACUAUUGGGGUUUCGACGGUUUCUCGUUAUCUUUUACAAAACACAAGACCGGUCCUGUGUUAUCGCUUAUCGCUAAUGAACCGGGUAUAAAAGGCCCUGCGAAAAGACUAGCAUUCACAUUCACUGUCUUUCCUCCGUCGUAGCAAGACCCACCCCGGGCAGACUUGCGCGACUAGGAAAGGCAUCUGGAGUCUUUAUUUUUUGCCAAAUAUUUUUUGACUUUUAGCCUGCACAUUAUACUGCCUUUACUCGUAUUAUUAAACAGUGAUUUUAUUCAUAUCUAUUAUUCGCAGCUCUAACAUUUCCUAAGCUCAAUUCUGAUAUGCACAAACAGGAUUCGACCUCGGCCUUGUUCCGCGGCCUAUAUGUAAGUCUGACACCUUUCGAGCAGUGUUUGGCGUAUUGCGUUAGUUAUCUGGCAUGGACAUAUCUAAUGGCUGCAAAAAAUAAAUUGUUUUCCGAUCGCAAGAUGAAAGAACCAGAAAGAAAAGAUAAUGAAAAAAUAUCUGCCAACAACAGCAACAUAGUGGACAAGCGCUCAACGGCCAUCAACUCCCUACAACAAGCCGCGGAACUGCUGGAUCGCUGUCAGAAGUUACUACAGGCCGCGAACGCGGAGGCAGCCUCUCACGCGACUACGGAGGCAGACGCUCGUGCGACUACGGAGGCAGCCGCUCGUGCGACUACGGAGGCAGCCGCUCGUGCGACUACGGAGGCAGCCGCUCGUGCGACUACGGAGGCAGCCGCUCGUGCGACUACGGAGGCAGCCGCUCACGCGACUACGGCGGCACGGGUGCGACGGAUGCCUACGGCAGAGCUACGCCGGGACCCGGUACUGUGGGUAGCCUACACCCGUGGGUGGGACGACCACGCGUUGGUCUAUAGCAAGUCGACCAACGUGGGUCCGAAAACCGCGGUAACCGGCAGGUCCCAGACUCCAAGACAGCCAGCUCGCACACCGCGACCGCCCCCGAUGCCACAGUCCACACCGUUGCUCCGACCACCCCCCCCAACCAUUAAUGGCAGUACUGGUCCCACGACCAAAAUCGUUCAAACCGCCCGCUCCGCCCGCAACGAGGAAAGUGGACCAGCAAAGUGCUCAAAUAACAACACCGGCAGAACAGACGACAACAGCGCCACCACAAAAUUCGAGGCAACGCUGGAACCAGUCUCGGAUGCGGGAAUACCGGGGACAGAAAAAGGCUGCCAAUCCCACCACCUUCCAACAGUACCGCCUGGAAAAACCGGCACCCUUAACCACCCAACCGGCACCAGGCCCAAUGUCGCUGGAGUCAACCGACACGCCUGUCCCCGAGGCCAAGACACUGGAGGUAGCAAUGCCUACUGAACAAACCGAGGCCACGGAACAACCGGCCACCGCCACUUCAAUACCGGUCGAUAUGAAGACAUCACCGGAUGAGAAGAAGGAGCUAUAUUGUGUA